UUUGAGGCGAUGUCAUGACAUUUUUUGUAUGUCUUAUUUCACCUACUAUCUAUUUCCAGAAUAUAAAAUAGUUUCUUGAAAGAAAAUGUCAUUGCUUAUUCAUUUAGGAACUAAGAAACUUGCUUUUGAUUUGACAUCAUCUUGAAGACACACACACACAAACACACGCACACACACACACAUUGAGGGAGAGAGAGAAAAAUGGCGGCUUUAUGCUGCUCUCUAUGAUCCAGUGCUUGGAGCCGGUUUGGGAGCUUUUUUAACAGGAAUAACCAUGGUGAACACACGGAACAGCUCGCGGCCGGGCGUCGGUCCCUUCAUCUCCUCCAGGACCCGUUCGUCGUCGAGGAACGAGCACCACUCAGACGAUCAUAAGGAUAUGAGCAGUGACGUGAGCAGUCCCAGCAGCCCGCGGCUCAGCCCGCCGUCCAAGCGGCUCCGAAGGCAAACCAUGUCAGAGCCCAGCUCCAGCGAUACCUCACCCUCGCCCCAAACCAAAGGCCAGAGGGUCAGCUGGGACCUCCCCACCUACCGCACCAGGUUGUCAUCUCGUAUAAUGCAGAACGGACAUGCCCAUAUGGGCCACCGCAAGGAGGAGGGGGACCACUCCCACAUGAACGGCCAUGUGGAGCUGAAGAAGAGCUGCCGAGUGAGGAAGAGCCAAUUUGAACACCUCAACCAGAGCCUGCUGUUCGACCAGCUGGUCAACAGCACUGCUGAGGCUGUCCUCCAGGAGAUGGACAACAUCAGCAGCAUCCGGCAGAACCGAGAAGUGGAACGUCUUCGCAUGUGGACCAGAGACACAGAGGAGGAAAACAUAGACAUGUACUCUCGUGUGAAGCGGAGGAAAUCAAUGCGCCGGGGUGGCACGUUCAGUUUGCCAGCGCACCACAAGGUCAUGAGUAAAACACAGGAGGAAGAAGAGGAAGGGACGGAAGAAUCUCACGAGGAUGACGAAGAAGAGGAUGGCGAUGAUGACGAUGAGGCGGAGGAAGUCGGGGAGGAAAACGACAGGCCGUACAACCUCAGACAACGCAAGACUGUGCAGAGAUAUGAGGCACCUCCGAUUGAGCCGGUGAACAGAAAGCAAAGCAACCCCUCGCUUUUUGACACCCACAGAUCCCCAGCAAGAAGAAGCCAUAUAAGAGUGAAGAAACACGCCAUCCAUAGCAGCGACACCACCUCAUCGUCGGACGAGGAACGCUUUGAAAGGAGGAAGAGCAAAAGCAUGACUUGGGCAAGGAACAGGUGUUUGCCUAUGAACUUGUCUGCGGAGGACCUGGCAAGUGGCAUCCUGCGUGAUCGGACAAAAGUUGGAGCCAGCCUGUCAGAUGUGGACCCCAUGAACCUGGACUCUUCUGUAAAAUUUGACCAUGUGGGCGGCCUGAGCAAUCACAUUCAGUCACUGAAGGAGAUGGUUGUGUUCCCACUCGUCUACCCAGAAGUUUUUGAAAGGUUCAAGAUUCAGCCACCAAGGGGGUGUUUGUUUUACGGCCCUCCGGGGACAGGAAAGACCUUGGUGGCUCGGGCUCUUGCCAACGAGUGUAGCCAGGGAGAACGCAAGAUAGCUUUCUUCAUGAGGAAAGGUGCCGACUGCCUCAGCAAGUGGGUUGGCGAAUCGGAGCGCCAGCUGCGCCUGCUCUUUGACCAGGCCUACCUGAUGAGGCCGUCCAUCAUCUUCUUUGACGAGAUCGAUGGUUUGGCACCAGUUCGCUCUAGUAGGCAAGAUCAAAUCCACAGUUCCAUUGUGUCCACUCUGCUGGCCUUGAUGGACGGCUUGGACAGCCGCGGCGAGAUAGUGGUCAUCGGUGCUACCAACAGACUUGACUCUAUCGACCCGGCGCUACGGAGGCCCGGCCGCUUCGACCGGGAGUUUCUGUUUGACCUGCCCGACAAGACGGCCAGAAAGCGCAUCUUGCAGAUUCACACUCGGGACUGGAAUCCCAAAUUGUCCGAGCCGUUUGUGGACGAACUUGCAGAAAAAUGUGUCGGUUACUGUGGUGCCGACAUCAAAGCACUUUGCACAGAGGCGGCCCUGGUGGCACUGCGCCGCCGCUACCCUCAGAUAUAUGGCAGCAGUGUCAAGUUGCAGUUGGAUGUGGCCUCCAUCGUGCUGGGCCCGGGCGACUUCAGCAGGGCCAUGAAGUCCAUCGUCCCGGCCUCCCAGAGGGCCCUGGCUCCCUCUGGCCGAGCGCUGUCGCCCAUCCUGAGGCCCCUACUGGCCGGCUCCUUCUCCUUGGUGCUCAAAGCUCUCGUCCGAGUCUUCCCUCACGUUCAGUGUAACUACAGGGACACACAUGUGUUAGGCGAUGACAAUCAGCUGCUUGAAGACGACUUGUACAGCAAUGACGAUAAUGAGGACGUUUCCAUCUACGAAAACCAGUCUGCUGGAUCCCCGACGAGUUUGUUGUCCUCUGCAAUGCACAGACCCUUCAUUCAUUGCACCUUCUCCGCCCUCCAACAGCCCACAGCAUACCGGCCCCGUCUGCUCCUGGCUGGGUCUCCGGGCUCUGGACAAAGCUCCCACCUUGCACCCGCCUUGCUACAUCACCUUGACAAGCUGCCGGUGCACCGCCUUGACCUGCCUACUCUUUACUCCAUCAGCGCCAAGACGCCAGAGGAGUCAUGUGCUCAGGUUUUCCGGGAGGCCUGCCGUAGCGUUCCCAGCGUGGUGUUUGUGCCGCAUAUCUCCGAAUGGUGGGAGACAGUGAGUGAUACUAUGAAGAGCACCUUCCUCACCUUGCUACAGGAUGUGCCCUCCUUCUGCCCCGUCCUCAUCCUCGCCACGGCAGAGACCUCCUACUCACAGCUGUCUGAAGAGGUGAGGAGUAUGUUCCAUAAGGCAUAUGGGGAGGUGAUUACCCUACACCCACCAGGGGAAGAAGAAAGGAGAAGCUUUUUUUCCGACCUGCUUCUAGUCCAAGCAUCCAGAGCCCCACCACGCGCUAAGAAUACAGAGAGGAGUGAGGAAGUGUUGCAGGUGGCUGAGGCCCCGGGCCCCAGAGUCCUUUCUGCGGAAGAGCAGCGCCGCCUUGCUGAACAGGAGGAGAACACGCUUAGGGAGCUGCGGCUCUUUCUCAGGGAUGUGACCAAGCGCCUGGCCACGGACAAGCGCUUCAACAUCUUUAGCAAGCCUGUCGACAUUGACGAGGUGUCCGACUACCUGGAGGUGAUUCGGCAGCCCAUGGACCUGUCGACAGUCAUGACAAAGAUUGACAAGCACCAGUACCUGACGGCCAAAGACUUCCUGGUAGACAUCGACCUCAUUUGCAGCAACGCGUUAGAGUAUAACCCCGAUAAAGACCCAGGAGACAAGGUGAUCAGGCACCGAGCAUGCAGCUUGAAGGACACGGCGCACGCCAUCUUUGCCUCAGAGCUCGACCCCGAGUUUGAUCGCAUGUGCGAGGACAUCAAGGAGACGCACAGCAAAAGUGCAGACCAGCAGACGCCAACACAGCCCGCAGCAUCAUCUCCAAGCACUCCGGUUACCAGAAAGAACCAUGUUGCUGCUUCUGCUGCUGCUGCUGCUUCUUCUGCUGCUGUUGCUUCUUCUGCUGCUGCUGUUGGGGAAGAGCAGACGAAGAGCAGCAAUCAGGGUGAAGCUACGGAGAAACCCUGCACCCCCAUUCAUAUUAAGAAGAAGAUGCGUAGACGACCAUCGUGGGGGCGGGGCAUCAUUCGCAAGAAAAAGAACUACAAGAAGGGAACGGGAGAGGAAGAAGAUGAGGAGGCUGAAACGGAAGCGGCGGGACCUAGCGACUCAUGUUUGACGCUGGACGAGGAGUCUUCUAGCGACGCCCCUGGACCCCAGCCCAAUGGCCACCACCCUCACGUCUCCUCCAUGGAGGAGGAAAGCUCCAAUGAGCCCCUUGUUAGCCCCACCGACGCCAGGAAAGCCAGACAAGAGUCAUCUUCCAAGGACGAGGAAUACAAAGCUGAUGGGUCAAAGUCAGGAAACCCAAAAAAACAAACACUGCCGCACUGCCUGGGAAACAAUUCCCACCCCGAAGCAGACGGGGAUAGCCAGCAGGCCAACUCGCCAACUUUGAUUGAAAGGCUUGAGUCUUCUAAUGCCAAGGUCCAAUUUAAGCACUCAGAGAGUCUCCUCGUAUCACAAGUGGACUGUGUGAACGGAAAUGAGUCGAUGGAUAGUCUGGACUCGCAGAGUCUCGAGAAAAACAGCAAGGCAGAGGAAAGCACUCCUGAAAAGACGGCUGAGGGCUCCGACAACAUGUCGAAACAAGGGGAGGAACACAGCACAGGCGAGAACGAUGCCACUGAAGAGUUCUCGUUCCAUGACGGGGGAACCGUAAAACUAAGUUUGGAUGAAGAGCAGGACAAAGAAGGAGAUUUCAAGGUGAAGAAAUGCAAGAGGAGCCAAUCAGAGCAAUUGAAAGGAUCUGCUGUAAGGACGGAGGAAGAGCCAAAACCAGCACCCCCUCGGCCUCCACCACCUCCUCCCCCACCUCCAGUCGUGGUCGACCGUGAGCGACUUUUGGUUCUGCUAGAAAUGGUGGUGAAGAAGAGUGACGGUUUUAGUGUGGAGGAGCUGGAGAGGCUUUAUUCAGUUGUCAGCCAGUGCAUCUUCGUUCAUCGCAGAGAGUACGACAAGACGCAGCUACUGGAGGAAAUGGAGGACAGGAUCCAGCAUUUUGACACAUUCCUCUGAGACGGUGACGCUAAACCUCCUCAGGUAGACCCUGAGAAACACCCCCGGGACCACAAAGACACACAAGCUGAGAGCGAAGGAGCCUGCAACCUAUUCGGCGCCCAUCAUCAUCAUCAUCAUCUUCAAACUGGGACGGCGUAGGGAAUAGAGACAUUCAAUGGUGCUAUCGUCUCAGGAAAGCGUGGACAGAUCCAGACCUGUUCUACUCAACCAAACCCCAGGAGGUGUGUCACACCAACACACACGUGCACACUAAAUGUGACGGGUGCUACUUGGGUGCUAUUCUAACUGUAGGCCAUGCUGCUUCUUGGAUGACCAGUAAAAGGCAACACAGCUCUCACACUUGGUAUGCAUGCAUCUCUUUACACACACACAAACACACACACACAGCCUCACCAGCAGAAGUGUGAAUGGACGGUGCCGCGAGAGGAACGAUAAUGUUCUGAAUCAUUGACCUUCACCGCUGAGCUACUCUCGCCCUAAAGUGGAGCGCCAUAGUCACUGGCAUCAUCCAUUUUUCCCCUCAAGGUGAUUAGUUUAAAAUGUGAGCCAGCCUUGAGGAUGCUUACCCGCGACUGUGCCGAAAAGCUUUGGCGCCAACAGAUUACACAGCCCUCCGCCAUGUUUGCUCAGUUGUUUGUUCGUUAUUGUAGGCGGCGACAUCCGCUCGCCGCUUCUGGUGCUCCUGUCCUAGAAGAUUGCGCUACGUUUGUUUUUCUGGGAGGCCCCAACCUUUGUUCGCAGUAUGAACGUUUCCCCACCACGUUUUGCCACACGGCCAUCUACUUUCAACGGCCCCUUCCCGAGCGAGGACGCCGCACAAGUCGCCCGUCUGUCGCUCGCACUGUCUAGCAUGUGCCUUAACAUAUUUGAUAAUGAACGAGGGUUGCUUGGGCUAAAUUGACACUGCGAGGUGUAAAAGUGGCCCAUUCCGAUGUAGUCCUUAUAUGGUGACGUACUGACCUGAAUAUAAGACAACCAUAAAUAAAUUUAGGACCAUUUUUUUGAAAACAGAAGAAAAUACUUUUUAAUACUAAUACUAAUAAUUUAAUUCAAAUACUAUUUGUAAAGAUUACGAUAUGAGAAUUACAUUACUAUGAUAUAGUAAAAUGACAUGUUUUGAUCUUAAUCAACUCCAUAAUGAUUUUGCUCCAAAAUUACUGGGGGAAACACUUAUUUGCGUAUGCGAGUGACAGGAAGAAAAGAUCACACUCACUUGGUGGAGUCAUGUGUCGCCACCUGUUGAUUGACAUGCAAAAAUCCCAGAGUCCAACUAGUAAAAAUGUUGUUGACUUUUCCUUCAAAGUAAAAGGGCGUCUUAUAUUUACACCAAAACGCGGCUGACAUGUCAUGUGAUGUUCGAUGUCACCGAUUUUGAUCGUAUGUACUGAACACCCAAAAUAACUGGCACGCGUCUAAAAAGCCAUUCAAGUACGCUUGUCAAAACAGAUGGCCCUUAGAAUUAAGUGAACAAUAAAAUAUAUAUUUACGACUAUUAAACAUUAUCUACCAUUUAAUUGACUUUUAUACCCUGCGCUUUAAAAGACGCUAACCUCGGCUAAAGUCAUUUUACAUAAUAAACGGUCUAGUCUUUGGUUUACUUGGGUGUUUUUUUUUGUAAUUGUACAUCCUGUUGACGCUGCAGUGUGUUUGGCAGAUAACUUGCAACUGAUUUAGGUUUCCACAUUUUGCAUUUUUUUCAUGCUUAUUCAAAUUGUGCCGCUUUGGGAGUAAAAUAUCGGAAGUGCUGAAAACAUCUAGCAAGGUAAUUUAAAUGUGUGCUUAAUGAGUCCAGCCUGCAGCAUUUGAAGUGUUCUAUAAUGUACGCUCCGAGGGCCACUUGCGACAUGCCAAGUUGCUCCCGGUACAGAAAAAGUUCCUUAAUAAUCGCUCAUAAUAAUUAUAAUGUGUUUUUAGCGUUGUGUUGGCGAGUUAUUCGUAGGCCGUUCUAGGCAGUGCCCCAUCACGUUUUGGGUUUUCAUUUCCACCCGAUCAACUUGGCUUCAUCUAUUUUGUCACCCUGGAGCACUGUGAGGCACCCACAAGUACACCGCCCAGCCCCCCACCCCUCCAAAUACAAAAA